UCAUUUAACUCUUCUGAUUCUUUUUGCGGAUGAACUUUUUGUUGAUGAACAUUUUCUUGUUGUGGAAGUUCUUUGUCUUUGGUUUUAUCUUCAACAUGCCUACCUCCACCACCAAAGAAGCUUUUCCAAAAGGAAGGACGUUCAGGAGGGUCAGCAAUUAACAUUUCAGGAUGCGGGAGCUCAGGCAACGAGCUUAGAUCCUCAGGUUGAAUUGCUACUUGCUCUGGUUCUUCUUCAAUAAUGGGAAGAUUACUCACUUUUUCAGCCACUUCCUCAUUACUUAUUGCUGGAGAUUCCUGUGGCUUUCCUAAGCCUUCUUUUUCAGGGGACCAUGGUUCAACAGCGUCUUCUUCACUUAUUGUUGGUAAUUCAUGCGACUCAUUAUCUUCAAGAUUGUGCCUUGAAUGGUGUACAGGCUCUUCUAAGGGGGGAGUCCAAGGCUCUUCAUCUUCAUCAACAACUCCUGGAAAUUCCUGA